GCCAGGGGCACAGGCAUCAGCCACCAUGAGCCUCAGUGAGCAGCAGGUGCGCGGCUUCCUGGAUCAGAACCCCAGCUUUGCCCACCAGUACUUCGGGAAGCAACUGAGCCCCGAGCUGGUGGCAGGGGCCUGUGGGGAUGGUGUCCCGGUGGGCUGCGGGAGCCUGCGCGAGCUGUGCCAGGUGGAGGAGAGCCGGGCCCUGUUUGAGCUGGUGCAGGAUAUGCAGGAGAGCAUCAACAUGGAGCGUGUUGUCUUCAAGAUCCUGCGGCGCCUGGGCCCCCUGCUCCAUGCUGACUGCUGCAGCCUCUUCAUGUACCGCCAGCGCAAUGGUGUGGCCGAGCUCGCCACACGGCUCUUCAGUGUGCGGGCCGACAGUGUCCUGGAGGACUGCCUGGUGCCUCCUGACUCUGAGAUCGUCUUCCCGCUGGACAUCGGUGUUGUGGGGCAUGUGGCCCAGACCAAGAAGAUGGUGAAUGUGGAAGAUGUGUCCCAGUGUCCCCACUUCAGCCCCUUUGCCGACGAGCUCACCGGCUACACCACAAGGAACAUCCUGGCCAUGCCCAUCAUGAAUGGCAAGGAUGUCAUGGCUGUGAUCAUGGCUGUGAACAAGCUGGACGGACCCUGUUUCACCAGUGAAGACCAAGAUGUUUUCUCCAAAUACCUGAAUUUUGCCACCUUGAACCUCAAGAUCUACCACCUUAGCUACCUCCACAACUGUGAGACACGGCGAGGCCAGGUGCUGCUGUGGUCAGCCAACAAGGUAUUUGAGGAACUGACAGACAUUGAGAGGCAGUUCCACAAGGCCUUCUACACGGUGCGAGCCUAUCUCAACUGUGACCGCUACUCUGUGGGCCUCCUGGACAUGACCAAAGAGAAGGAGUUCUUUGAUGUGUGGCCUGUGCUGAUGGGCGAGGCCCAGCCAUACUCAGGGCCACGCACACCUGACGGCCGGGAAAUCGUCUUCUACAAGGUUAUUGACUACAUCCUGCAUGGCAAGGAGGACAUUAAGGUCAUCCCCACACCCCCUGCUGACCACUGGGCCCUGGUCAGUGGCCUUCCAACCUACGUGGCUGAGAGUGGCUUUAUCUGCAACAUCAUGAACACCUCUGCGGAUGAAAUGUUCAAGUUCCAGGACGGGCCCCUGGACGACUCUGGAUGGGUCAUCAAGAAUGUGCUAUCCAUGCCCAUCGUCAACAAGAAGGAGGAGAUUGUGGGAGUGGCCACAUUUUACAACAGGAAGGACGGGAAGCCCUUCGAUGAGCAGGAUGAAGUUAUCAUGGAGUCCCUGACACAGUUCCUGGGCUGGUCAGUGCUGAACACCGACACCUACGAUAAAAUGAACAAACUAGAGAACCGCAAGGACAUCGCCCAAGACAUGGUUCUGUACCACGUGAGAUGUGACAAGGAUGAAAUCCAGGCAAUCCUGCCAACCAGAAAGCGGCUGGGCAAGGAGCCUGCUGACUGUGAGGAGGAGGAACUAGGCAUCAUUCUGAAGGAAGAGCUGCCCGGACCCAACAAGUUUGACAUCUAUGAGUUCCACUUCUCAGACCUGGAGUGCACAGAGCUGGAGCUGGUCAAAUGCGGCAUCCAGAUGUACUAUGAGCUGGGUGUGGUCCGCAAGUUCCAGAUCCCUCAGGAGGUCCUGGUACGGUUCCUGUUCUCCGUCAGCAAAGCCUACCGCAGAAUCACCUAUCACAACUGGCGUCACGGCUUCAACGUGGCACAGACCAUGUUUACGCUGCUCAUGACUGGCAAACUCAAGAGUUACUACACAGACCUGGAGGCCUUCGCCAUGGUGACUGCCGGCCUAUGCCAUGACAUCGACCACCGUGGUACCAACAACCUGUACCAGAUGAAAUCCCAGAACCCUCUGGCCAAGCUCCAUGGCUCCUCCAUUUUGGAGCGUCACCACCUGGAAUUCGGCAAGUUUCUUCUUGGAGAGGAGAGCCUGAACAUCUACCAGAACCUUAACCGGCGGCAGCACGAGCAUGUGAUCCACCUCAUGGACAUCGCCAUCAUUGCCACGGACCUGGCGCUCUACUUCAAGAAGAGGACCAUGUUUCAGAAGAUUGUGGACGAGUCCAAGAACUACCAGGACAAGAAGAGCUGGGUGGAAUACCUGUCCCUGGAGACCACACGCAAGGAGAUUGUCAUGGCCAUGAUGAUGACUGCGUGCGACUUGUCAGCCAUCACCAAGCCCUGGGAAGUGCAGAGCAAGGUGGCUCUUCUGGUAGCUGCAGAGUUCUGGGAACAAGGGGACUUGGAAAGGACCGUCUUGGAUCAGCAGCCCAUUCCCAUGAUGGACCGCAACAAGGCAGCCGAGCUCCCCAAGCUGCAGGUCGGCUUCAUCGACUUCGUGUGCACCUUUGUGUACAAGGAGUUUUCACGUUUCCACGAAGAAAUCCUGCCCAUGUUUGACCGCCUGCAGAACAACAGGAAGGAGUGGAAGGCGCUGGCAGACGAGUAUGAGGCCAAAGUGAAGGCCCUGGAGGAGGAGAAGAAGAAGGAGGAAGAGCGGGUACCAGUCAAAAAAGUGGGCACUGAGAUCUGCAACGGAGGCCCUGCACCCAAGUCCUCCACCUGCUGCCUCCUGUGAGCAGCUGGCAGGCCGUGG